UGGUGGAGUACUAUUAAUAAUCUUGCAAGUCUUUUGUUACUAUAUUGUGCAAUUCUAAAUAAAUUACAACAAGACAAAGCUCGUUUAUAUGAGCAGCCACUUCUUUUACUUGCUUUUCUUCUUCAUCCGGAAUAUCGUAUGGAAAUGUUUGAAAAUAAUAUUGAAGGAUUAUAUAUACAACUUAGUGAGUGGAUCUGCUGGUAUUAUUAUGCAUGGUUUCAAACAGAACCAAAAUCAUUGCUUCCUGAACUUGAAAAAUUUCACAAACAACAAAAACCAUUUACUUUACGUGCUACAAACCAAUUUGCAAAUAAUGUUUUAGGUUAUUGGGAUUUUUAUUCUGAUUUAGCAAAAGAAUUAAGUAAG